AUGAGUUUCUCUACGAAAAGAAAAGCCAAGGUCAUCAAGGUCGCUGAUGAGGAUGAUCCAAGUGAAAACACCACGGCGCCCAGCGGCGAUAACGGGACCAGCGAUGGUGAGUAUUCCCAGAUUUUGGACUUGCGACUCUUGCUGAUGAGAUCAAGGCUGACCCUUGCAAUUACAGAACCUGCUAAACCACUAUUCGGCGCAAAAUCUGGUCGAAAACCAUUUAGACAGUCGGGCUUGAGAAAGAGCUUUAAUCCAGUAGACAGCGAGGGCCUUGGGGAUGCACCAGCCACCAAUGACGAUGAGGACGACGGACCAGUAGUUGUUCGACCAGCUAUCAGUCGAUCAGGCUCAACGAAGGGAAAGAAGAAGUCCAAGGCUUCGCGGUUAUCAUUUGACGGAGAUGAUAAUACUGCAGGCGACGACGAGCCGACCGAGGUGUUCACCCCGAAGAAGCUACCCUUAGGUCGCGCAUUGGAGAACAGCGCUAUAAAAAGAGGACUUGGAACGAAAGGGCUUCCUAUGAGAUCAAUUGGUGACGAUGACGACCGACCCAAAUACAGCAAAGAGUACCUCGAAGAGCUCCAAUCAUCCACACCAAAUACUCCGGCAAAAACCUCCACGUUACCUCCCGACGAUACCGAUAUGAUGGACCUGGAUGCUUCAGAGCUAGAGGGUGCACUUGUUGUUGAGUCCUCAGAGCUGAGCCAACCACACCCUACAGCCAUUCUUUCCGAGGCCGAGAUUCGCGAAAAGAAGGAACGGCGACAACGACUAGCCUUGGAGAAGGACUUUCUAUCAGUUGAAGACGACGACGAUCCAUUCGCGCGCAAAAAGAAGGAUGAUACACGUUUAAUAGCAGAAGACGAGGAUCUUGGGGAGGGCUUCGAUAACUAUGUUGAAGACGGAGGCCUUUCACUCGGAAAGCGUGCCGAAAAAGAAAGACGCAAACAAGAUCGAAAGAUGAUGGAAGAGCUCAUCACAGCAGCCGAAGGCCACACAUCUGAUUCAUCAUCCGACAGCGAUGCCGAGCGACGAAUUGCAUACGAAACUGCACAGACACGCGCAGGCAUGGACGGUCUAAAGAAACCCCGUAAAGAUCCUGGCCAGGAUCUCCUACAAGCACCACCAAAGAUAUCACCUCUCCCUAGUUUGACGGAAUGCUUAGCACGUCUACAGACUACGCUGAAGGGGAUGGAAGAGGAGAUGAAGGGUAAACAGAACCGAGUGGAGAAGCUUAAGCAGGAGCGUGAGGAGAUUGUGAAAAGAGAAGGGGAGGUGCAGAGUUUGUUGGAUGAGACAGGGAAGAAAUACCAAGAGGUCAUGGCACAAGGGAAGGUGGUUGAGGGGAAGGCUGACGUUCCGGCGAAUGCACCUGUGGAGAUGGUAGGGGCUAGAGGGUUGGAGACGUUGGGUACGCCGUCGAGAAAACCUGAGGAAGAGGAGACUUAA